AUGCACAGAGAGGAAGGGUAUCACGACAACGACGAAAAACCACCACCAGGGUGUAUUAGAUGCAAGCAGACAAAUGGACGACUGGGUCCCGACGGAAGAGCAAUGAGACUGGAGAGUGUGACCGGUGCUUCGGAUAGUGUCUCAAGAAGUGGAAACGUUCUUCUCAGACGUAGGAAACGCUCCGACACCCCCGUGUGGGAGGCCUCAUUCAAGGCAUCAAUCUAUCUAGUUAUCUAUCUCCUAGGAGGGUCAGCGAAAUCGUCCAGCGUGAAAGCCGGAGUCACUAGUCAUGGACCUAAGCAGGAAGAUGACCUCAGGGUUCAUGGCAUGGCGAUCGAGGCCCAGUUCAUGACCCUCAUCAGGAGGCGUGGGCCAACGAGACCAGUGCUGGAGAUAAGCAAGGGUCUCUGCACGGCAGUUUGGGGCAUGAUUGGCAUGGUUCUGGGGAACUGA